AACCAAAAUUGUAGUUAAAAAGUUUCCUGUUGAAAAAUAUUCGUAAGCAAUUUUUCUUUUCAUUCUUUGAUUACAGCGAUUGUGUCGAGUUUUCUCACUUCAUAAAUCCUUAACCUAUCGAUUGAUAUUGAAACGUAUUCCUUCUCAUCUUCCAUGUAAUAAAUAUGGAUUCAAUGAUUGGAAAAUCAGACGUAAAGUAUAAGUAAUGGAUUUGAGCAAAGAAUGUGUGGAAAAUAUUUUAAUGAUAUCAUCCUUGGGCUGAUUUGGAAAAUUUAAAAUUUUCGAAAAAAGCAAAAUGUGGUUUUAAAAGAAGCAAAAAAAAAACAAAAAAAAAUACCCGUAAAAUCGUUAAAAGGAAAAUUUGGCCUGAUUUAAUAAAAUCGAUAUACAAGAAAAAUCCUCAUAUUUAGCCCGUUUUCGUUGUUGCUCAUAACUCAUACAACGGUCGAUCAAGUGCCACAAAGCAAAACAAAGAAUUAAAAAAAAAGAAGAGUAAAAAAAAAAAAAACAGGCUGCCGUCACUUUCACUAUCACCGCCACUACUGACACACCACCAACACCACCAACACCUUCAUACAUAAUCAUUGCAUUGUUGGCGCACAUAUUAUCGCGUAUAGUUUUAAAGUUCACGACAGGUCAAAAGUCAAUCGUCAAUCAAUCGAAAUCAUGGCAUCUCUUGUGAAUAAAUUGAAAACCACGCAAUUGCCUCCAAUUAAAAACAUUAUCAAUGUAGCGGUACAAACUGCGCGCCAAACAAUGCCUGAUAAAAAGGAUUAUGAACAACCGGCCGGGGUAAGCAUGGCCCAACAACCACCGCCUGCCAAUACACAACCUAAUGCAGAGGCUAUGUUUAGCGGCACAGAUGACAAUUACCAACAGACAGAUAAACCGACUGAAUUAAAUCCGUUCAGAAAUCCAAAUGGCUGGAUGAAUGAAAAUGAAACCGGAGAUUACAAAGCUGAAGGCUACCAAACAACCUCGUUUGUGGCUAAUGAAUACGAUGGUUCAUAUCAACAAGAUGGCGGCUAUCGGCAAGGCAGUGUUGCCUCUGAGGGCAGUUCAUUCGUACCCGAGGGUGAAGGCGGCGGGGGGUCAAAAAUCGAUGAAAUGCAAGCCGCCUGGAAUGUUACGAAUGCUAUCCAAGGAAUGUUUAUAGUAUCGCUGCCAUUUGCUGUCUUACAUGGUGGUUACUGGGCUAUUGUAGCCAUGGUCGGCAUUGCCCAUAUAUGCUGUUACACCGGUAAAGUCUUGGUGCAAUGUUUAUAUGAACCCGAUCCUGCCACCGGUCAAUUGGUGAGAGUACGUGACAGUUACGUGGCCAUUGCAAAAGUGUGCUUCGGACCGAAACUGGGCGCUCGGGCAGUUAGUAUUGCUCAACUUAUAGAACUGCUAAUGACAUGCAUUUUAUACGUAGUAGUGUGCGGUGAUUUAUUAGCUGGCACCUAUCCGCAAGGUUCAUUUGAUUCGCGUUCUUGGAUGAUGUUUGUCGGAAUAUUUCUGUUACCCAUGGGGUUUCUCAAAUCUUUGAAAAUGGUCUCAACUUUAUCGUUUUGGUGUACCAUGUCUCAUAUUGUCAUUAAUGUCGUUAUAUUGGGUUAUUGUUUACUACAAAUUGCGGAAUGGGGCUGGUCUAAGGUGCGUUGGACCAUAGACAUGGCCAAUUUUCCCAUUUCUUUAGGCGUAAUAGUGUUUUCCUAUACGUCUCAAAUAUUUUUACCUACCUUAGAGGGUAAUAUGAUAGAUCGAUCGAAAUUCAAUUGGAUGUUGGAUUGGUCGCACAUAGCUGCGGCUGUUUUCAAAGCUGGUUUCGGCUACAUAUGCUUUUUAACCUUUCAAAAUGAUACACAACAAGUGAUUACCAAUAAUCUGCAUUCCCAAGGCUUCAAGGGUCUGGUAAAUUUCUUUUUAGUUAUUAAAGCAAUACUAAGUUAUCCUUUGCCUUAUUAUGCUGCUUGCGAACUAUUGGAAAGAAAUUUUUUUCGUGGUCCUCCAAAAACACGAUUUCCUACAAUUUGGCAUUUGGAUGGUGAACUGAAAGUGUGGGGUCUAGGCUUCCGAGUAGGUGUUAUAGUGUCCACGAUUAUGAUGGCAAUUUUUAUACCACAUUUCUCAAUACUAAUGGGUUUCAUAGGCAGUUUCACUGGCACUAUGCUAAGUUUCAUUUGGCCUUGUUAUUUCCAUUUAAAGAUCAAAGGUCAUUUAAUGGAUCAAAAAGAAAUCGCUAAAGAUUAUUUCAUUAUCGGUUUGGGCGUAUUAUUCGGCGUUAUAGGCAUUUACGAUUCGGGUACGGCUCUGAUAAAUGCUUUCGAAAUCGGUUUACCGUUUUAAAGUGUGGCAUCCGCGGGAGAGUGGCGACGGAAAGCAGACGAUGAGGCUCAAGGAACUCUAUAUCAAUUACAUAAUUAUAAAGUAUAGAAAAAUUUUCAUAAAGCAUUCGUUCACAAAUAGUUAUAAGCGUAAAAAUGUCUUCCAAAAAAGCAAAAAACACAAAAAACAAAAAAGCAACUGAAAUUUGUCUUCCACAAUAUAAUGAUAAACAAAUUAAUUUAAUUAUCUUUAAUAAUAAGUAAUUAAAAGAAUCGAAUAAUAAUGAUAAUAAUAACUCUAAACAAGUCUUCCAAAAAGGUUAUGUAAUGAUAUUUAUAAUAUAUGUAAAACAUUAAAUGAUUAAUAUUUUAUCUUCAAU